AUGCAAGAAGGUGACAAUCCUUACGAGAUCCUUGGGGUCGAAUUAUGGUGCUCAGAUGAAAAGGAGAUUAAGAAAAAUUACCGCAAGUUGGCCAUGAAGUAUCACCCUGAUAAGCAAACUACUGAGGAAGACCUAGCCAUCGCUAAUACAAUGUUUGCCAAGAUUGCGGAAGCGUACGAACUAUUGACUGAUCCAGUAAAGAGAUAUGAUUGGAGACAAGCCAACGAAGACCGGUUGAAGCGAGGUUCGGCGCCUGCGGUUUCAGCAGUCCAAACCACCUAUCGACCGCAAAGUGGAGGUGCCGUGCAAAGGCCCAUGCGAACCGCAACUGCCCCUUCUCGUGCUUCCGGUGGAUCGGUUCCAACUUCUCGAGCAAUGGCAACACGCGUGCAACAACCUCCACCACCCAAAAAACCUGCACCUAAGGUUCGAGCUGGUCUCCAAACGACAGCCGCUACCUCCUCAGGUCGAGGAGGUCGGGGUCCUCCUCCACCAGGUCGGGGGUAUCCACAUCCCAAUAAUCCGUCGGCGUCUACCUAUCAACAGAGGGCUCCCGAACCCCAUCGUCAGGCCCGUGGCGCCAAGAAUUUCCGAGAUCCGUUCCUAAUCUUUGAAGAAGUGAUGACGGAGGAAUUUGGAAAGGAUUACAAAUCCCAGGUGCACAAGGAAUGGAGUGCGGAAGAUGGUAAAAAGCAGCAAUCGAAAAAGUCGUUGUUUGGUGGUGGCAAAUCGGACGACAAAAAGGAUGUGCCUUCUUAUAAAGAUGCCUUCAAGGACAUUGAUCUUAAUGGAGACAAGGUGUUGUCGAGGACCGAACUGCGUAGUUUUAUCGAGGCCAACGAAACACUGCACGCCGUUCUUGGAAAGUCUUUGAAUUUGCAUCCCCAACAAAGUAUAGACAUUGCUACCGACGUGGCAUUUUCACUGGCCAAAUGGGACGGAAAAGAUGAAGAUGCGGCCAUGGCUUCUUACUUUUUGACGCAGAAGAAACGAAAGGAUGGAAAGAAUAUGGACAUGACCAAGGACGAAUUCAAACAAUUCUACAAGAAUUACGUCCAAAGUAGAAAAGGAAGCUACGAUUUCUUUUUACGCACCAUGUUUGCUGCCUACGAUCUCAAUGGGGAUGGCAAAUUGCAACGGAAAGAGUUUGAGAAUUUCCUGGAAAUCUUUUAUCAUGCCAACUACCAAGGUAAAGUGGCCAUGCCCAGCAAGCCAGAAUUGGUACGGUUGGCCCAACUUCGACUGGACAAGAACAAGGAUGGGCACAUGAGCUUUUCCGAGGUCCGAGAUUUGUUGCAAGUGGCGGCGGUCUUGACCGACAAGUCGAAAAAGCCAACCAAUUGA